UAUGAAUGUUUUCUCUGCGUUUGUGUCUGUGUACUAAGCAUGUGCCUGGUGACUCAGAGGCCCGAAGAGGGCAAUGGGUCCCUUGGAACUGGAGUUACAGGUGGUUGCGAGCCACCAAACCCCAGCCCUGUGGAAGAGAACCUGUGCUCUUACCCCAGGAGUCGUCUCCCCAACCUCUUGUUGGUUUCAUUUUUGUGGGUGCACCGAGCACAUACUGCAGCCAUUUGUUCUGAAAGCUGGACCAGGGUUUAAGAUGCUCCGUGGGAGACCUGUGUCAGCCCUGGGCCUAGCGUAGCCCACCCAGACCUGUGUGUGCUAGGUUCUCAUUGGUUCCAUCCCGGCAGGCCAGGAACCCACCCACAGCCACCAGCCUCAAGCUGGCCCUUGGCUCCAGAGAGUUCAAGACAAUGGGACGUAUGCAGACUGCCCCCCAAAAGGAGCUCCUCCAAGCCCUGGUGAAGCUCUCGGCUAUUUUAAACUAUUUGGUCUCUGACUCCAGUACCAUUUAGGGGUUCUGGUUUGGUUUUGCCUCUAUACGGGCUCGCCUCCUGCACAGGCCCUAAUCCCAUGAAGCCACUCACAAACCGAAGCAGAAAGCUCACUUCUCACCCUUCACACAUCACUGCUACCAAGUUGGGCAGCAGUGGCCAUACCAGGGCCAUCUGGGCUGGGGCACCAGAGAUCCUAGGGCCAAGGCUGUGCCUGACCUGUUUUCGAAGGUGCUUCUCGGGCAUUUUUGUCCUUCCCACACGGACUUACUUCCUGAACUUUCCCACAAUCUGCCAGUCCUCAGAGAUUUGCGCGUCACCCCAGAACCAAGGGCCUAACUGCGGCUCUCCAGAUGUUGGAACCACCUCUCCUCUGGCCCCGCCCCAAUCCACGUGACACCGCCCUGCCCACAACUCCCGCCCACCACCAGUUCUGCAGCUAUGGUUGCGCUCAAGGGCAUCCCGAAAGUGCUGUCCCCGGAGCUGCUAUUUGCGCUUGCGCGGAUGGGGCAUGGAGACGAGAUUGUUCUUGCAGAUGCGAACUUCCCUACUUCCUCCAUCUGCCAGUGCGGGCCUGUAGAGAUCCGAGCAGAUGGUCUGGACAUCCCACAGCUCCUGGAGGCUGUGCUGCGGCUGCUGCCCCUGGACACCUAUGUGGAAAGCCCGGCUGCUGUCAUGGAACUAGUGCCCAGUGACAAGGAGAGGGGCCUGCAGACCCCAAUAUGGAACCGUUAUGAAUCCCUGCUGCUCAAAGCUGACUGCAAGAAAGCUCUGAUGAAGAUAGAGAGAUUUGAAUUUUAUGAACGUGCAAAAAAGGCAUUUGCUGUUGUUGCAACUGGGACCCUGGACUUGGAACGCUGGACUGUAAUAUGGAGACGCUAGAUUUAUCUAUAACGUGGACUCAUCUGUAGUGUGGGGGCAGUGGACUCAAGUAAUAUGAAGACCCCUGAUUCAUCUAUGAGAUGGAGCAUUGGCUCCUGCUUCGUGGGGCUUAGAGGCUGGGGUGCACGUGAACCGUCAUUCCUCCCACUCAUGUACUUGGAGGGGUGGGGACAUGAGACACACAUGGAGUUCUAGGGUGCGUGAGAUCAAUAAAUAACCUACAUGGC